AUGAAGAUUUUAGGUGCUCGUGUUUUCUUUCAAUUUUAUGAACAACUUCAUGGAACAUUACACAUUCAAGAUAUGGUUCCAUAUACUCGAACAUUUAUUUAUUUAAUUUUACAUUCAUCAUAUGAAAUACGUAAACAAGCAUAUGAUAUAAUUCGUCGUCUUGUUAAUAAUUUACGUUCAUCGGAAACUGAUAUAAGUUUAGCACUUUUAAAUGGAUUAAAUUCAUAUCUUGAUCAUUUUCAAAUAUCAAAUGAAUCAUCAACGAUUGUUGAUGAAACAAAUCAACAAAUGAAAUUAACAACAGUUUCAAAAAGUUUUGAAGAAACAAUUUUAUGUUUAGCUAAAUCAAUGCGAAUGCAAGAUGAAAAUGCAAAAGAAAUUUUAUCUAAUCGAGCAUUACUUGUUUGUUGUUUAAGUUCAAAUCUUCUAUUAACUGAUGAAAAACUUUGGCUUAAAUUUCUUUAUCUUAUAUAUGAUAAACAACAGAAAGAAAUAGAAGAUUAUUUUCAAAAUAAUGCUAAUGCUCUUGUUGAAAUUUGUACAACAUAUCAAAGAUUAACAAAAGAUCAAAUAUCAGCUAUAGGUCUUCUAUGUUCAACAAAACCAAAUCUUUUCUUAAAACGUUUUCUUCAAAUUGCUUAUCAACGUCUUGAAGUUGAUAGUUAUUUAUUAGUAGAUCAACGAUCUUAUGACAUAAUGAAAACACCGGCAGGUCAAUUAUAUGAUAAAAGUGUUAUGGAAACUAUUUUAAAACAUGAAGUAAAAGAAACGGGAAAUAUUAAAAGAGAAAGUAAAAAUUAUUCCUAUAAAGAACAAAUGGCAGCAAGAGAAUUAGAAAAAGAAUUAGCUGCUAAACAAAAUAAAAGUACUCAACCACAAUUAACAAAAAAACAACAAGAAAUGCUUCAACAACAACUUGAUCAAGAACAAACAAUACGUGAUAAUGUUAAAAAGAUUGAUGAAAAUGCAAAGAAUGUUUUUGAUAUUUUAAUAAAUAUUGUUAAAACUACUCAAGAACAAUUUAUACCUUAUCUUGGUGAACUUGUUUCUUAUAUUUGGCCAACAUUAAAAUCACCAGUAGCAUUUAAUUAUGCUAAAGAAUUAUAUAUUACUCUUGUACCAAUUGUAUUUAUGAAUGAUAAAGAUACAUUUGGUUAUGCUAUUGCAUAUUUGGCUAUUCGACUUAAUUGUGAUCCAUCGACUAUUAAACAACAAAUAGAAAAACGUUGGUUUCAAGAAGAUUUAUCUUCAGCUGUUGAACGUUUACUUCAACGUUUAUAUGAAAAUACUCAACAAGCUAAAACACUUAAUCAAUUAUCUAUUGCAAGACUUGAUUAUUGUUUACCUUUAUUUAAAAAUAUUGUUAGUCAUCCAAAAUGUACGAAUGAAUGGACAACAUCAGUAUUGAAUAUUUGUCGAGAAUAUUUUUCAUCAGUGUCAACAUCUGAUCCUGAUAAUCAUCCAUCAUUAUUACCACGUCGUGAUCUUAUUCGUUUAUUUCUUGAUAUAAAUGCUGUAUCAAAAUCUGUUCAAGUUCAAAAUGAUGCAUCACAAAUGCUUGAAAGAUUAUGUGAAUUAUGUUGUACAUAUGAAAGUGAUGAUGAUAUUCAAGUUUUACUUGAAAGUCUUCAAUCAUCUAUUCCAAGUGUACGAGAAAGUUGUAUACUUUCAUUAAAAAAAUUAGUUAAUCAAUUACAUACAUCACAUUCAACACUUGAAGCUGAUAUUGCACGUCGUUUAUUAAUUGCUUGUGAAGAUCCUGAAGAACGUGUGAAAAAUAUUGCUUUAGAAUUAUGGCCUCAAACAAAAUUAUCAGUUAAAUCUGAAAAUGUUAAAGAUUUUCUUAAAGAUAUUGUUCAUGAAGAAUAUUUUGUUCGUGAACCAGCUACACAUGCAUUACCAAAAUUAUUAGAAACAUCUUAUCCUCAAUUAGUUCCAUUUAUUCUUAGUGAUCUUUUUGAUAUUUAUACAAAAAAUAAUAAGCUUCCACCACCAAUAGUUGAUCAAUUUGGACGACAAAUUCAAGCACAACCAAUUGAUAGAUGGGAACCACGUGCUGGUGUUGCUGCUUGUCUUUUUCAUAUGGCAUCACUUGUUGGUAAUAAUAUUAAAGAUUUAUUUAAAUUUUAUGUUCCAACAGCAUUAAACGAUCGAAAUAUUGAUGUUCGUAGUGAAAUGCUUCGAGCAGCAACAACAACAAUUGAUAUUCACGGACGAGAUAAUUUAACAAUGUUAUUACAAAUUAUGGAAGAUUUUCUUAAAGAAGCUCCUAAAACAGCUAAUAAUGAUUCUGUUCGUCAAAAUGUUGUUAUUCUUAUGGGUAAAUUAGCUAAAGAUAUGGAUAAAGAUAGUACAAAAGUAAAAAAUAUUCUUGGACAACUUAUAUCAACAUUAAAUACACCAUCACAACAAGUUCAAGCUGCUGUUGCUGAUUGUCUUCCACCAUUAGUACCAGCAAUUAAAGAUGAAGCUGGAGUUUAUGUUCAACAAUUACUUAAUGUUUUACUUCAAUCAGAAGAUUAUGCUGAGAAAAAAGGAGCUGCUUAUGGUUUAGCUGGUUUUAUUAAAGGUUUAGGUAUUCUUGCUGUUAAACAAUAUAAUGUUCUUAAUGAAUUAACUGAUGCUAUUCAAGAUAAAACAAAUGCUAAACGACGAGAAGGUGCACUUUUUGGUUUGGAAAUGUUAACAUCAAUGUUAGGUCGACUUUUUGAAGUAUAUAUUGUUAAUAUAUUACCUCAUUUACUCUUAUGUUUUGGUGAUAAUGAUGUUAAAGUUCGUGAAGCUGCUGAAGAUUGUGCAAGAGCUAUUAUGAGCAAAUUAACAAGUCAUGGAGUUAAAAUUGUUUUACCAGGACUUUUGAAAGGUUUAGAAUCAGAUUUAUGGAGAACAAAAUGUGGAGCAGUUGAAUUACUUGGUGCUAUGGCACAUUGUGCUCCAAAACAAUUAUCAACAUGUUUACCAAGUAUUGUUCCAAAAUUAAUUGAAGUACUUACUGAUUCUCAUCAACGUGUACAAAAAAGUGGUACACAAGCAUUAAAACAAAUAGGUUCUGUAAUAAAAAAUCCUGAAAUUCAAGCAAUUGUACCUGUCUUACUUGAUGCAUUACAAGAACCAACUAAAAAAACUCAAGCAUCACUUCAUACAUUAAUUCAAACACGUUUUGUUCAUUUUAUUGAUGCUCCAUCUCUUGCAUUAAUUAUUCCUGUUAUUGAACGUGCUUUUCAAAAUCGUUCAACAGAAACAAGAAAAAUGGCUGCACAAAUUAUUGGAAAUAUUUAUUCAUUAACUGAUUCAAAAGAUCUUGCUCCAUAUUUACCAAAUAUUCUUCCAGGUUUAAAAACAUCUUUACUUGAUCCUGUCCCUGAAGUUCGUGCUGUAUCAGCACAUGCACUUGGUUCAAUGGUUCGUGCUAUGGGUGAAGAAGCAUUUCAAGAAAUUGUUCCAUGGCUCAUGGAACAUCUUGUACUUGAAUCAAGUCCAGUUGAUCGUUCAGGUGCUGCACAAGGUUUAAGUGAAGUUAUAUUUGGUCUUGGUGCUGAUCGUCUUGAAAAAUCUAUGAAAGAAAUUAUUGAACGUUCACAACAAAUUGAUUUAGCUGCACAUGUUCGUGAUGGUUAUAUGAUGAUGUUUAUUUAUUUACCAAUUAGUUUUGGAGAAAAAUUUAUUCCUUAUGUUGGAAGAAUAAUUCCACCGAUUCUCAAAGGUUUAGCUGAUGAAACAGAAUUUGUUCGUGAUACAGCACUUAAAGCUGGUCAACGUAUUGUUAAUAGUUAUGCUGAAACAGCUAUAUCAUUAUUUGUACCUGAACUUGAACAAGGUCUUUUUGAUGAUAAUUGGCGUAUACGUUAUAGUUCUGUUUUAUUACUUGGAGAAUUAUUAUUUAAAGUAUCUGGUGUAACUGGAAAAGCAACAACUGAAAGUGUUGAUGAAGAUGAUAAUUUUGGUACGGAACAUGGUUUACAAUCAAUAACACAUGCAUUAGGACGAGAUCGUCGUGAUAGAGUUCUUUCAGGUUUAUAUAUGGGUCGAUCGGAUAUUGCAUUGACAGUACGACAAUCAGCUUUACAUGUAUGGAAAACAAUUAUAUCAAAUACGCCACGUACAUUAAGAGAAAUUUUACAAACAUUAUUUACACUUUUAUUGGGUUGUUUGGCAAGUUCAAAUUUUGAUAAACGACAAAUUGCUGCAAGAACAUUGGGUGAUUUAGUUCGAAAAUUAGGUGAACGUGUUUUACCUGAAAUAAUUCCAAUUCUUGAAAAAGGUCUCGAUUCACCACAUAGUGAUCAACGACAAGGUGUUUGUAUUGGACUUAGUGAAAUUAUGGCAGCAUGCAGUCGAGAUUAUAUCAUUGCAUUUUCAAAUACAAUUAUUCCAACAGUACGACGUGCUUUACUUGAUCCAUUAGUUGAAGUUCGUCAAUCAGCUGCUAAAACAUUCGAAAAUCUUCAUUCAAGUAUUGGUACACAAGCAUUAGAUGAUAUUUUACCAUAUUUAUUAAAUGUUAUGCAAAAGGAUAUAAUACCAACAACAACAACAACAACAACAGAAAAUGGAGCAAAUAAUCAACAAGAAGAUGAAGAACAAGAACAAGAAGAAACUGAACGUGAUUUUGCUCUUGAUGCAUUACAACGUAUAAUGCAAUUAAAAUCUCGUGUUGUUUUACCAUAUCUUGUUCCACAUCUUAUUCAAUCACCAGUUGAUAUAAAAGCAUUAGCAAGUUUAACAUUAGUUGCUGGUGAUGCAUUAGCAAGACAUUUAAGUCGAAUUAUUCAAGCUGUUAUAACACAUAUUGCUGAAGAAAAAGAUCCACAAGCUAAACAACAACAUAUGUAUUAUGCUGAACAAUUAUUAGCAGCUAUUAGUGAUCCUGAUGGUAUACAAGUUGUAAUACGUGAAAUACAAGACUUUUCACGUUCAUCAAAAGUUAAUAUUCGUUUAGUAACAAUUAAUUUAUUAUUAUCAUUUUGUAAACAAUCCAAAGGUACAUAUCAAGAAUAUAUUGAUGAUCUUAUUCGUAUUGGUAUUAAUUUAUUUAAUGAUGAAAAUGAACAAAUACUUAAUACAGCAUGGGAUUGUGUUGAUGCUAUUAUUAAAGAUAUGGAUCAACUUGAAUUACAAAAACGUUUACCAGUUGUUCGACAAGCAUUACGUAUUGCACAAUCAAAUAGUCGAGAACGUGGUCGACUUGUUGGUUUAUGUAUACCGAAAAAGGGUAUUGGAUGCAUACUACCCAUAUAUAAAGAAUGUAUUCUUAAUGGUCCUCCAGAAUUACGUGAAUCUGGUUCAAAUGGUUUAAAUGAAGCAAUUAAUCUUUCAGAUGCUGAAGCUCUUAAAUCAUCAAUUAUGAAUGUAACAGGCCCAUUAAUUCGUGUAUUAGGUGAACGAUUUAGUACUGAUAUUAAAGUAGCUAUUCUUGAAACAUUAAGUACAUUUAUGGGAAAAGUUGGUGUUCAAUUAAAACCAUUUUUACCUCAACUUCAACCAACACUUCUCAAAGGUCUCAAUGAUCCAGCACGUCAAGUUCGUGUUAAAGCUGGCAAUGCUUUAGGAUUGCUAAGUCAAAUUCAUGUACGAAUUGAUCCAAUAUUUAUUGAACUUUUAAAUGGAUUAAAAAUGAACGAUGAUUCAUCAUUCAAAGAAACAUAUUUAUUAGCAUUGAAAAAUUGUUUAACAGCAGUUGCUUCAAAAAUAUCUGAUGAUGUAAAAAAACAAACUGAACAAUCACUAGUCACUUGUCAAUCAAAUGAAAGUGAUGUUGUUCGACAAUUAGCAUCGAAUUGCAAAGAAAUUUUAUUAUCACCUAAUUAG